AAGGGACCGCGAUCUGACCGGGCGAAGGCGCUGGGGACCCUGCGACGGCCGGCCCGUGUGGAAGGGGGCGCAAGCGCGUGGGGACACAGGCGCGGUGCUCUCCCGGGAGGUGCCGUGCUCGUCCGGCCUCGGGGUGCAGCCCCCAGCCUGCCGCGACUCCAGCGCGAUGAAGGCCAAGAACAUCAACUUACUGUUCGCCUUCGUUGCGGUCCUGCUCUUUUGCUUUUCCUGCUUCUGCAUCUCCAAGAUGAACCAAACCAUCAAUCAACUAAUUAAUUACAGAAACCAUAUUUUGGAAUUUAAGGAAACUAUGCUACGUUUAAAAAAUAGAAGUGAAAGUAAUCACCAAAAUCUAGUGCAAGUCUUGAAUGAAAUGAAGUAUGAAAUUACCAAGACAGCAGAUGCAUCAGGAAACUUAGUUGAGAGGAAAGUGAGCAUGCUGAGUGAGAAUGAAAUACUUCCUAACAGAUUUGAAGGCCUCAGGUUCUUCCUCCCUCAUCUAAGGACCGCAGGGAGCACGUACCCAGAUGUAGCCACUGGCAGAGGAAAAGCAGGCGUUUCUUUCGCAUUGGGAAUCACCACUAUUAACAGAAGGAACCACACCUACCUGAAGCAAACGCUGACUUCUGUUCUGUCCAGAAUGACGCCUGAAGAAGAGGAGGACUCUGUGGUGAUUGUCUGUGUCGCUGACACUGAUGGUUAUUUAAAUUCUGUUGUUGACAUGGUUAAAACAAAAUUCAAAAGGCAGGUGCAGUCUGGGUCCUUGGAAGUCAUUUCAAUACCCACCUUCUUUUAUCCGAGUACACUACUGGACAAGGCAAUGGUGGACUCAGAAAGUUGGCAAAUAAAACAAGCAUUGGAUUAUUGUAUUUUGAUGCUGUAUGCCCAACCCAAGGCCACAUAUUAUUUACAGCUAGAAGAUGAUAUCGUAGCGAAACAGAUGUAUUUUACAAAAAUGAAAGAUUUUGUAAAUAGUCUCACUUCAAAAAACUGGCUGUAUAUUGAGUUUUCAGUACUUGGAUUUAUAGGAAAACUCUUUCAAUCGAAGGACCUGCUUGACUUUGUACAUUUUUUCUUGAUGUUCUACAAAGUGAAGCCCAUCGAUAUGCUCUUAAAUGACGUUUUCCUGGUGAGGAUGUGCAACUUGGGAGAGCAUCUUGGGAGCUGUAUACAACGCCAGAAAGAAGUUCGAAUUCAAUACAGACCAUCUCUGUUCCAGCAUGUGGGUACCCACUCAUCAUUUCCCGGACGAAAACAGUACCUCAAGGACCAUUUUUACUAGGAUUUUCCUAAAUCUCACAACUUCUUUAAAAAUUGUCAGACUCAUUUUUGGGGAAAAGGGCACAACAAGAAUCAGAUUUUUUCAGAUUAUACUGGAUAAGAGACUACAUUAUACUGUUUAAUAUUAAGCCUUCAGUAAUAAAGUGAGUAUACAAAUUCAAUCUGUCUGUACAGUUAUCAGGUGGCUGUUCAUCUCACAUCAUAGAAAAAUCUUGCACUUCAUACGGGUUCAAAUUUGUUACUAGACUUCCCUUGAUGUUCAUUACUUAAGUGUUUCAAAAACACUUGUAUGAAGUAAGUUCCCAAACCACAUUAUGUGUGACACUUACCAUAAAACUUUAAAAUGUACAAUAGAACUACACCGUAGAUUUAUUAAGAAAUUAUUUCAUCUCUGGUCACUAGCUUAUAGCCAAAAAAAAACAUUAUCAUAUCCUUUUAAUGAUGAACCUUAGUUUUGAAAUUUCACUAGACCUUCAACUUUAAUAAAUGUUCUAUAAUACAUUUAUAACAAAAACUUUCUUUUGUGUUAGUGAAAUGGUAAUCUCUUUAAAUGACUACAAAAUGCUCCAAAGGGAGUGUGCCUUUUGGUUGGCAGGCAAGUGAGAGCUUUACUAUAACUUGUUAAGGUUGCGUUUGUGUGAAACCAUUCUUGUUCUUGUGUAGUGUGCUGCACACGGCCACACUGCUCCACUGACUCUAAAUUUCAGUUAAGCGAUGAUUUUAUUGUUGUUUGAGACAAGGCCUCGCUACGUAACCCAGGCUUACCUCAAACUCCAAUCCCUCUGUCUCCACCUCCAGAGUGCUGGGAUUGCAGUGAGCAUCAUCAUGAGCUGCUAGAAGUACUGACUUUACCUUUCAAUUUUCUUUAUGUUAACUUAUGUGUAUUGUGGGGGAAGAGAGGAUAUGUGCAUGUGAGUGCGGGUGCCUGAGGACUCUCCAGAGCUGGCACUACAGGUGAUUGGAAUUGUGAGUCAUAUGAUGUGGGUGCUGGGAAUUGAACUCAGGUCCCCUGGGAGAGCAGUUCUUACUCUUAACUACUGAACCAUCUCUCCAGACCAACAAUAACUUUUUGUUUUGUUUUGUUUUGUUUUUUUGAGACAGGGUUUCUCUGUGUAGCUUUGCGUCUUUUUCCUGGAACUCACUUGGUAGCCCAGGCUGGCCUCAAACUCACAGAGAUCCGCCUGGCUCUGCCUCCCGAGUGCUGGGAUUAAAGGCGUGCGCCACCACCGCCCGGCCAACAAUAACUUUUUUAAAGAGAUGUACUGUGUGCAUUGCUGUGUGCAUUGUUGUGUGCAUUGCUGCAUGCAUUGCUGUGCGCAUUGCCACAUGCAUUGCUGCAUGCAUUGUUGUGUGCAUUGCUGCAUGCAUUGCUGUGUGCAUGGCUGUGACUGCUGCUGCGUGCAUUGUUGUGUGCAUUGCUGCAUGCAUUGCUGUGUGCAUUGCUGUGACUGCUGCUGCGUGCAUUGUUGUGUGCAUUGCUGCAUGCAUUGCUGUGUGCAUUGCUGUGACUGCUGCUGCGUCUGACAGGCAACAAGUAAGAAAAGGAAGGGAUUUCCCAUGAAAAUGCAUUAGCUGAAUAAUUAUUUAAGGCUCAUCCUUGACAUUUUUUUUUUUUUUU